CACUCCUCACGCAACUCGCGAGUCAGCCGCCGUGCGCUGCGAUCGCGCGUGACAUUUCUCCGCCGCCCGCUCGUACCAUGUGUGAUGAAAACAUCACUGAGAAAACCCGUCAACACCCAACCCACGUCUCCUACUAUGAAUGAACAUCUCAUCUGAGCCCGUAGAAGAGUGCGCCCACCUAUUCUCCCGAAGAAAGCUCUCGCGUGUCUAGUUUUUCUCGUAAACCGUGGCCGUUGACACUGCAGCGUGCGGAUCCCGCAGUGCGCGAGUGUGUGGUUAAUUGGCGAACUGUCGAAGGCGUCAGCUGAGUCGCGUAAACAUUACUGCAUAGUUGCAUUACCUACUAAACAGUUGGCAAUGGCCGGAGGUCCGUUGUCGCCUGCAUAGAUUGUCAGCACGUGCGUCUCGGAGGAGGUCAUCAUGCGGCAUCUCAUUCUGCUAUUACUUACAGGGACGGUGCUUUCAGUCGAAGUACACUUCGAGAAUAAAGACAGUGGCUUUUUCUUGAAGCAUACCGCAAGAUGGAAUGGCGCAGGUCCACCUCCAGAGCCGAUGGGUACAGCCUUACCCGGCGCGUUACUUUCCCUGGACCGAUUCACUGUAUUACAAGGGUCUGCACCAGCGUCCGUGCGAGCCACAUACGGCCCUUUUUCCACUAAACAAACCGUGCCAGCUCGAUACGCGGUACCAGAUCCUUUGGAACCGCCACGGAGAAAUGCUACACUACUAGAGUUGCAAGAAGCCACGGCGCACAGGCUAGACGUGUCAGCACAUUUAGUGUUUCGUGAGCUUCCUCGCGAUGCACCAGUGUUGCGAGUUUUAUUCCACACUGGAGGAGAGGGGGGUGCCAGAAGAGCAGCAGCUCGUCCGAGACGAGUAUGUAUAACAUUGCACGCCAGCCUUGGUUCACGUACACUAACGGCUACUUGUGGACCGGAAGGCGAAGAAGGAGCCUGUUUGUCUGAACUUACUAUACCGGCUGCAUGGUGGCCCGCAGACGGGAAAGGCAAGCGCCCCCCGAGAACAGUGAAGUUGGCGUAUAGCGCUGCUGAAGCCAGUAGUGGCGAGUCUGGUGAUGGCGCGUGUGGAAGAAUAUCUGUGCAGCCUGCGUGGCCUCUGGGUUCAGUUACCCUUGCCGGAGCGCGUGCGGGGUAUCGAGAGGCGCGAGCAGGUGACUCUGCCCUGCUGCUCCCCCGUGCACCACUUUACCCUCACUCAAGACUUCAUCUGCCUUUUGUUGUUCGCCGUGAUGCAAGCCACACAAUUGGACACGUUAUUAUCAGAAUGAAGGUAAAGUCAGGCUUGCGGCUUGUGAGCGUGACAGCAGCGAAUUCUCGAUGGGCAGUGACCGCUGAGGUGAAACCAAGAACCGCCACUGUCACAGCCACAAGACUGGAGCAGCCUUUACAGGACGACGGUGGACUUAACACAGAUAUUGAAGAAAGCGGAGGAGCAGGUGGUCCUGGUUGGGAGGAAAUCCUAACGUGGCUGGUAGAAGUGGGGGCUGAGGGAGAAGGUGACAACGAAGGCUCCGAGGGUGAAUCUGGUCGGGGCACGGCGCGUCUGAGCUGGUCUGCUCGGGUGUCCGCUAAUCCAACAACUACUUCAACUACGGAGGAGCCACCUCACGAGCACCGAGUCAAUACAAGGCUAGACAUAGAAAAGGAUGAUAUUCAAGCUGUACUUCCAAUUUCUAAGAAUUGGGAGGUUCUAAACACCGCAGUGCUGACAGGCAGACAAGUGUCGCAGGCUAUGAAAGUACUGAUUGUCUCACAAGCGGGCCAAGUUGCUGACGUCACUCUGCAAAGCUCUUGCCAUUCAGAAGACGAAAGCGUCUUAAAGGUAUCAUCGUCAUGUAGUUCAGUGUACGUGGACGGUUCAGAGAUCCGCGGCUCAUCCAACGCCUCAGUGAUCGUCAAGUACGGAACCUACACUGGAUUAGCGCGGUUCACCGUGUGGAUGCCGGAGUACCCCUUGGAGAUAGAUGUGGAUGACAAUCGCCUAUCUCAAAUCAAAGGUUGGAAAGUGUCCGACGACGCUAACACCAAAGACAGAAUGAAGCGAUCGCUCUUGGCCCGUGGAUGGGGUGGCACCAGACCUGAUGGCACCAACUCUCUGACUGACCAGCGGUUGUGUCGUCUCCGGUACCAGCAGAGCAACGUCGAGGUGUACGCGCGAUUCCUGGCGAAAGACCACGACUCGGGUCGCGUGUCGUAUUUUGUUUCACGGCGGACCUGGCUCAAAGUGACGGAGCUGGUGCUGACGCUAAUGAGAGUUUCGGACCCUCGCAUCGCCUCUCUGAGGGGGCGCGUGCUCCAGGGGCGCAGUACCGGCCGCACUGAAGUCCAAGUGCUCUCCCCCAUUACUGGUCGCGUAAUCGGUCUCCGCGAAGUUCGAGUAGUGAACGACAAGGUGUCCAUAUCCCGUCUGCUAGUGCGAGUCAUCUCCGGGCUGCAGCUGAACAUUUCACCAGACUCCACCAUCACCGACGGUUACGUGUCGGAAACCACCGUCACUAGGCGCCUUACUGCACAGUAUCAGGAGGGUCUUUUGGAUAUCGACAUAGAGUUCUCGGAUGGAAGCCGCACUGCUCUACGCGAUGUGGCGGUUUCAGACUAUUUUCUGUUGGUGGAGAGCUUAGACCCUGAAGUGGUAGCAUUCGCACCGAUGUUGGCUUCCAAACACCCGCGUGUCAUCGCGGUCGGAGAAGGAAGCGGUGAACUCCUCCGAGUGACACUCCUGACGCCUGAACAAUGUCGUUCCGGUCCCCUCCGAAGGGUAGCUUUACCCGGCAAAGGGGACGCUAAAACUCCGGCUAAUAUCAAAAACAUUCCCGGUGCACUCGCCAGUGCCGCAGCCAGCGUCGAUGUGGACUUUAGUGGAGGAGAUGCACCACAGAGACCGGAUACUCCUCAGAAUGACGAUAUUAUGGUGCGAGGUGGCCUUCGAUCUGGAUUGUCUGAGCUCACUGACGCAUUAAAAGGGUAUGGUAACUCCAUGAAAGAUGAGAAUAACCACGAGCCGACAGUGCAAGCACAACAAUAUGGAGCUUCAAUCUUCCGUAGUAACCCGUCAGUGCAUAACAGACACGCGCCCUCAAACAACAUGAGGCCUGUGGAAAUAGGAAUGUCAGUGUUACUCGGGGUGUUUUGCUUAGCUAUCGUGGUGUUCGUAGUAUCGUGUGUGGUAUACGCGUUCCGCCUAAAGCCUGUCAGGGCAGAAGGGGGCGGACGUAGUAUGCCGAACAUGGCUGAAGGCGGGCGGAUGCAAGUAGCCGGCCUCGUGGGCACCACCCUCGGCAUCUCCAGGGAGAAGACGUCCAGUGAAUCCACCACCAACGCCCACGACUGGGUUUGGUUAGGUCGCGCAACCAUCGAACGCAAUGGCAACCGUCAUCCAGCCAACCGAAACUCCACGCAACCAACCGACAACGCCAACGCUCAAGAGAUGAGGAUCACCGCCAACCCCCUAAACUACAACUACGUAGACCCCGACGACGCUAUCAGGGACAACGGGAACGUUAUGGUGACGAGCUUCGACAAUCCAAAUUCUAUCGAAUUGCCUUCGCAAAGCGAUAAGAGAAGCGCCAUCGACUCGACGACUUAUUGCAAGAAACCAGCGAGGCACACACGUCAGCACUCCGGAGAUGGACAUUGGCAGUCAGAGCCCGGGCAGGAGGAGUACCGGCCGCCCGUGCCCCCGCACCGGAACGCCUCCACACCGCAGCCCCAAGUGCCCGUGCCACCUCGCAACCCGAGCAAAAUUUUACCCGAAACCGUUAUGCCGCCAGCGAGACGGAGCCACUCAAGAAACCACCACAAAAAACAUGACAGAGACCACGAAUCCACUAAGAUUUCUCCAGAGAAUUACCGCCGCUCCGACCGAAUUAUUGAUUUGAAUAAAUCCGAGGCACCGUACAUAUCCAGCAGAGACAUCAAAGAUUACAAACGAGAGGCUAACAUGAUGAAUCACCGGAACGAUUUUGACGACAAUCCAGUGGAGAAGUUGACCAACAAAGAGGAUUGCGCCCGCCUAUUCGAGUUCGACAACGACGCCCCCUUGAUCAUGGAAAACAAGGAUUACAGAGAGAUCGUCGGCCUCAAUAGAGGUACUGACGAUUCGCGACGAACCUUCGCUAAGCCGCAAAGUCCUGAAUACAAUAUGCAUGACUCCGGAAUAGGAUUACCAGAAGUACAAAUGAGACACAAAAAUAGGUCCAAAGAGCCUAAAGGAGAGUUUGUGGAAGCCGCUGCUAAUCACAAUAAAGGUAGCAGUUCGCCCGAAGUGAAGCGCGCCACGAUAGUCGGCAACCCGAUGUUCUCCCGCGCGGAAGACGGCGACCGCACCGCCGGCGGGGAGCCGCUGCCCCUCGACGACCUGCACAUGGACUACGACCAGAUUAUGCACUAUUUCCACAACCUCAAGGAAUCGAACGCCUGAGUAGAGCAGAUCAUUGCAAAGAUCCGGCAGAUAUUGUCUUCGUUUAAAUAUCAGCAUAUCAGCAAAGCUCCUACCACCGACGUAUACAAUGCACCCGAUACGUCCGGGGCAGCCGCGCCCGAGGAUAGUACUGUUGACGCACACAACAACAACACAACCGCCGACGCGCACAUUUACCAGAACAUUAACGGUAACAUAGUCGCACCCACUCAGAUGCUUUGCGACUCCAUCGCUCACAAAAACAAUUUCAUGAAAAACCAACUGAAAUUCUUAUUGGAGCACCUGAGCGAGGCAUACGAAUAAACAUGUUGUCAAGUCAAUGUAUUAUCCUCAAUACAAUAUGUGUCACGAAAUGGAUCCUUGCAGUGAUCGAAAAAACGAAAACUAUUUAAAUACAAAUUGUAACUGUUUUAUACAUACAUAAUAAAUAAUAUAUUAUAUCGUUAAAAUAAUACACGUUUACUCUAGUCAUCAACAAAGCUG